GUUGUCAAACAUCAACAAUGGCGGAACAGGCAGAGGCAAUGCGGGCCACCGUAGCUUCAAUGCUCAGGGGCAUUGAGAGAUACAACCCUGAAAACAUCUCAACCCUGGAGAGAUAUGUGGAGCUGCAGGCACGCGAGAACACCUACGACCUGGAGGCCAACCUGGCUCUGCUGAAGCUGUACCAGUUCAACCCCGGCACCUACCAGCUGGGCGUCGCCUGCCAGAUCCUCAUGAAGGCCCUCACCAACCUGCCCCACACGGACUUCGUUCUGUGCAAGUGCCUCCUCGGCCAGGACCAGAUGGAAGACGAUAACAUCAAGCGCAUCAUGUACCUGCACGACUUGCUGGAGAUGUGCCAGUUCAGCACUUUCUGGGAGGAGAAGCACCAAUAUGCUGACCUGGUCACAGGAGUAAAGGACUUCAGCGACAGCAUACGCAAGUACAUCUGCCACGUCAUCGGCAUAACGUACCAGCACAUUGAGAAGCACGUCCUAGCCCAGCUGCUCGGCAAUAUUGAUGAACAAACCCUCCAGGUGUGGAUGAAUAAGUACGGCUGGAAGGAGGUGGAAAGCAACCUGGUGCUCAUUGCCAAUCAAGAAGAGACUGUCAAGACCAAGAACAUUACUGAAAAGAUUGAGUUCGAUUCUGUGGCAGGCAUCAUGGCCGCCUGUAGAUAAAAGAUGUGAAAUGACGUAAAAAAAGAAACUUUUGUUACAGUGAACAUUCUGAAAAAUAAAUGAUUAUUGAAAGUGG